UUUCCCCGGGGCCAGACGGGGGAGCGAAAGGGCGGUCGAGACUUUGGGGCAAGGACAGCGCUUGGCGGCUUCUUUUGUCUCCGCCACCCGUGCCCAGCUUCCCCUUCACCCUGCCAGAGAAUGGGCUCUUCCAAGCUUCUCACAUGAUGAGCGAGGCACUUUCGCUUUUCCAUAUAUAGAGGCCAGGCGGCCUGACAGCUCCCGCGAGCGCGAGGAGAAGGUGGGUUCGACGCGCGCAGAGAGACGCGCUUUUACGCAGCGAGCUGUGCCCUGGAAGACCCCGCGAGCCGCCGUUCGUCGUGCAAGGAGACAGCGCCGCUCGGCUUUGGUGCCUUCGGGGGGAAGAUCGCCAACCUUUCCCAGCUCUUCUUUCCUCGAGGAGCCCGCCCGCCAGACCAGCAAAAAUAUUAAUCAGAAUCAAAGAUGAAUGGGACUUUAGAUUGCCUGCGGGACCACACGCUAAACGAAGAGCAGGGGGUGUUCAUGUUUACUUCGGAAUCCGUGGGAGAAGGACAUCCAGAUAAAAUAUGUGACCAGAUCAGUGAUGCUGUCCUUGAUGCCCACUUGAAGCAAGAUCCAGAUGCCAAAGUUGCUUGCGAGACGGUCUGUAAAACAGGAAUGGUGCUACUCUGCGGCGAGAUCACAUCCAGAGCUGUUGUGGACUAUCAGCAGAUUGUCCGAGACACAAUUAUGAACAUAGGCUAUGAUGAUUCAGCUAAAGGCUUUGACUACAAGACCUGUAACGUUCUCGUGGCAUUGGAGCAACAAUCACCUGAUAUUGCCCAGGGGGUUCAUCUACACAGGAACGAAGAAGAUGUUGGUGCUGGAGACCAGGGCCUGAUGUUUGGCUACGCAACUGAUGAAACAGAAGAAUGCAUGCCUCUAACCAUUAUGCUUGCCCACAAACUGAACGCCAAAAUGGCCGAGCUGAGACGCUGUGGGGUCCUUCCUUGGCUCAGACCAGACUCCAAAACCCAGAUCACAGUUCAAUACGUCCAGGAAGAUGGCGCUGUUAUCCCCAUGCGGGUCCAUACCAUUGUCAUCUCGGUGCAGCACGAUGAAAGCAUCUCCUUGGAUGCCAUGCGCAAAGCCUUGCAGGAACAUGUGAUCAAAGCCGUAGUGCCACCCAACUACUUAGAUGACAACACUGUUUACCACCUUCAACCCAGUGGCCGUUUUGUCAUUGGAGGUCCGCAGGGUGAUGCAGGAGUUACCGGCCGGAAGAUCAUUGUGGAUACGUACGGAGGAUGGGGAGCCCACGGUGGCGGGGCCUUCUCAGGCAAAGACUACACAAAAGUUGACCGGUCAGCAGCAUACGCAGCCCGGUGGGUUGCCAAGUCUUUGGUGAAGGCAGGGCUGUGUCGUCGGGUUCUGGUCCAAGUUGCCUAUGCUAUUGGAGUGGCUGAACCACUUUCCAUCUCGUUGUUCACCUAUGGUACCUCUGCAUAUUCUGAGCAAGAGCUGCUCAACAUUGUCCACCAGAAUUUUGACCUUCGACCUGGAGCCAUUGUCAAGGAUUUGGAUUUAAAGAAGCCCAUUUAUCAGAAGACUGCCUGUUACGGUCACUUUGGAAGAAGUGAAUUUUCUUGGGAAGUUCCUAAAAAGCUUGCCUUCUAACCAUCUUGGGCCAACCUCUCCAUUUCAAAGGAACAGGAUUUUACUACCACGAGUGCUUCCAUUGACCAUAGUCAAUGCUAAAAAAAAAUGGAGAAAUGUUCGCUGUUUGCUUUCUCUACAUCUCACUACAUGCAGACUUAUGGAGGAUAAAAAGGCAGAUGGAUACCAUUUUAAUUUUGUCUAAUGCUGCUAUUUUGGGGUAGGGGGAGGAAGUUCCAUUGGAAAAGACAAGAUGGGACUUAAACCUACAAUCAGACCAUGGAUUUUUUUUUU